GCGCGGCGGCGGCGGCGGCGGCGAGCUCAUUUCCUGCCAGCCUGCCGCGGGACAUGGAUUUAAUUGUGGGCGCGGGGCCGUGAGGGGCGCGCGGGAGCCGGAGCCUUUUGUCAGGCAGCGGCAGCCUGCAGCGAGCGGCCCCGGCCGGCUGUGCCCCGCGCGGGGCGGAACGCGUGGCGGACGGCGCUGUGCGGAGUAGGCGGCGGCCGCAUGCAGCAGCGCGUCCCCGUCCCCGUCCCCGUCCCCGAGCCGCCCCGGGAGCCCGGCCCGCUGCGCACGGCGCCGGCGAUGGAUGGGGUGCAGCGCGGGAGUUUCCACCUUGAUGGCUGAGGUUGUGUAGAUGCAGCUGGCACCCCUGAGAGUGGAAUACAGGGUGAAGACCCAGCGCUGAGAGGACAGACCCUUCAACAAGGCUGGGGUAGCCUCCGGGAUUCCAGGAGCCGAUCGGAUCGAUCGCAGCCCUAGCGGGAAAAUGAGUGAAGAGACCCUCCCCGAGGCCGCCUCCCCGCCGCACCCCCAGGGGCAGCCCUACUAUGACCGCUUCUCUGAAGAGGACCCGGAGUACCUGCGUCUUCGCAACCGGGCUGCCGACCUGCGGCAGGACUUCAACCUGAUGGAGCAGAAGAAGCGCGUCACCAUGAUCCUGCAGAGUCCCUCUUUCAGGGAGGAGCUGGAAGGCCUUAUCCAGGAGCAGAUGAAGAAGGGGAACAAUUCCUCCAACAUCUGGGCCUUGCGGCAGAUUGCGGACUUCAUGGCCAGCACCUCCCACGCAGUCUUCCCCACAUCUUCCAUGAACUUCUCCAUGAUGACACCAAUCAAUGACCUCCACACCGCUGACUCCCUGAACCUGGCCAAGGGAGAGCGGCUCAUGCGAUGCAAGAUCAGCAGUGUCUACCGCCUCCUGGACCUCUACGGCUGGGCCCAGUUGAGCGAUACCUACGUCACGUUGAGAGUCAGCAAGGAGCAGGACCACUUCCUGAUAAGCCCUAAAGGAGUUUCCUGCAGUGAAGUCACGGCGUCCAGCCUGAUCAAGGUGAACAUCCUGGGAGAGGUGGUGGAGAAAGGCAGCAGCUGCUUUCCGGUGGACACCACAGGCUUCUGUCUGCACUCGGCCAUCUAUGCAGCCAGGCCCGACGUGCGGUGCAUCAUCCACUUGCACACACCGGCCACGGCAGCGGUGUCAGCCAUGAAGUGGGGCCUCCUGCCCGUCUCCCACAAUGCCCUGCUGGUGGGGGACAUGGCCUAUUACGACUUCAAUGGGGAAAUGGAGCAGGAAGCUGAUCGUGUCAACCUGCAGAAGUGCCUUGGACCCACCUGCAAGAUCCUGGUGCUAAGAAACCAUGGCGUGGUUGCUCUAGGUGACACCGUAGAGGAGGCAUUUUACAAAGUCUUCCACCUGCAGGCUGCCUGUGAGAUUCAGGUGUCGGCUCUAUCCAGUGCUGGGGGAGUGGAGAACCUCAUUCUCCUGGAGCAGGAGAAGCAUCGGCCCCACGAGGUGGGCUCCGUGCAGUGGGCCGGGAACACCUUUGGACCCAUGCAGAAGAGCCGCCUGGGGGAGCACGAGUUUGAGGCCCUUAUGAGGAUGCUGGACAACCUGGGAUAUAGAACAGGCUACACAUACCGCCAUCCCUUUGUCCAAGAGAAAACCAAACACAAAAGUGAGGUGGAGAUCCCAGCCACGGUCACAGCCUUUGUGUUUGAGGAGGAUGGUGCCCCAGUGCCGGCCUUGCGACAGCAUGCCCAGAAGCAGCAGAAGGAGAAGACCCGCUGGCUGAAUACACCAAACACCUACCUGAGGGUCAACGUGGCAGACGAGGUCCAGAGGAGCAUGGGCAGCCCCCGGCCCAAGACCACAUGGAUGAAGGCGGAUGAGGUAGAAAAAUCCAGCAGUGGCAUGCCGAUCCGGAUUGAAAACCCAAACCAAUUUGUGCCUCUCUACACUGACCCUCAAGAAGUGCUGGACAUGAGGAACAAGAUUCGAGAACAAAACCGACAAGAUGUGAAGUCAGCAGGGCCUCAGUCUCAGCUCCUGGCAAGCGUCAUUGCUGAGAAGAGCCGAAGCCCGUCUACAGAGAGCCAGCUGAUGUCCAAGGGUGACGCGGAUACCAAAGAUGAUUCAGAGGAGACGGUACCCAACCCUUUCAGUCAACUCACUGACCAGGAGCUGGAGGAGUACAAGAAAGAAGUGGAGAGGAAGAAACUAGAACUGGAUGGAGAGAAGGACACGACCACAGAAGAGCCCGGCUCCCCUGCAAAGUCUGCACCUGCUUCCCCAGCUCAGAGUCCAACGAAGACAGAGACAAAGAGCCCUGCGGUCUCUCCUUCCAAGUCCACCGAGGAAGAUGCUAAGAAGACAGAACCAAGCCAAGCCACCACAGAGCCUGAAACAGCCCAGCCCGAAGGGGUGGUGGUCAACGGGAAGGAGGAGGAGCAGACGGCAGAGGAAAUCCUCAGCAGAGGCUUGAGCCAGGUGACCACCGAUGCUGACACAGAUGCUGAUACCGCCAAGGACAAAACUGAAUCGGUCACCAGCGGCCCCAUGUCUCCAGAGGGCUCACCUUCCAAGUCUCCUUCAAAGAAGAAAAAGAAAUUCCGAACCCCUUCCUUCCUGAAAAAGAGCAAAAAGAAAGAGAAAGUGGAGUCCUGAUUUGUGGGACCCAUGGACUCCCAUCAGCAUCCUCUCCUUCCUCCCUCCCCUGUUCCCAACUCUGUCCCUGGAAGCAUGGGGCCAAGGAGGGAAAGAAUAGGAACCUGGAUUACAUCCAGAGGGGGAGCUUAGAGAUCACUCAACCAACCCCUCAUUUUACAGUUACCCCAGAGAAAUCAGGUGACUUGCCCAAGGUCACACAGAUAGCGGCAGAGCCUGCACUAGAAUUCAGGUCUCUGGACUCCCAGUCUAGUGCUCUUUCCACUGUACACACUGCCUAACCGUGGGCCACCUUUGUUAGGAUGUUUCCCGCCAAUCUGAGCCCAGGGCAAGAAGGUCAGUAAUGGACCGUGAGCUCUCGCAGGUUCAGACUGAAUCAGACAGGUUGAGGCUUUCCCUAAGUAAGGUCCAUCUCUUCCAGAAAUCCCAUUUUCUAUGAUGGAGCUAUCUCCACAUUAAGAAAUCUCAUUCUCCUUUCCAUUUGAAUCCCUGCCUGGCUGCUCAAAGUAAUCAGAUAAAUUGAUCCACCCCCUAUGAUAGAAGUUAAUCUUUAUUCCCAAGGCUGAUGGCUUAGCUUCUACUUCCCAACACUGACCCUGAGCUUUCUUCAUGGAACCUCCUGAAUGAUGGGUGGAAGAGUUGUAAGAGAUGGCUGACAUGAGGGCAACCGAGUAAGCCUGAUGGCGAGGGAUGGUUUAAUUUAAGAAGCCACGAACUCGAAUAUUUGUGUUGUGCAUCUCAAGUGCUUCAAAACUGAAAACCAAAUUUAGCAUAAAAAAAUUUUGUCUCAUGCUCAGGACAGAAAUUUUGGAAACCCUGUGUUGGCUUUGAGUAGUACAAGGAGGAUCAAAAUAGCACAGGAAAUGCUUUGCUUUUCUAGCUUUGCAUGAUAUAGAGCAACAUGGCUGUUCCUGCCUCACUGUUGUCCAGCAGUCAGGUAUUCUCUGACCUUCCCUCAAACCCAGGAGCACCUGCUCACAGACCAGAACUGGCAUCUUGCUUUUGGUAUCUUUACCUUGGCUCUUUUGGGGUUCCAACUUUGAGUCACUCUGGAACCAACAGAGGAGAAACAAAAUGAGUCCUUCAGGAUUAUCCUCUUGGACCAAUGCUCAGAGAAAUGCUUGGGUGUCCCCAACCCUGUCACACUCUGUCCAUCCUGCGCCUGGUAAUACCACACCUAUUGUUUUAACUUCCAAUGCUUUUUUUCCCUGGGGUAUUGAUAAAUGAGCAUUUUUUGGCUCAUAGACAAUCGAUUCUCUUUAAAGCACAGUGUCUUCAAAGAAUAUUUUUUUGGUCCUGAUUCUCAUAAAAAUAUUUUUGAAAAAUUCUUAGUCACAGUUUUCCACUUUUGAGUAUUUAAUAUCUGUAGACACUGUGCAGACUCAUAUACAUUCUAUCCUCUAAUCCUAAUAACAAGCCUGUAAGAUAAGACUAUUUCUACUUUAUGAUGAGGAAAUGUGAGUCCUAAAGGAACCAUUAACUUGCUUACAAAGAGCUGGAGUCUGCAUUUGAACCCAGGUCCGUAUGAAUCAUGAGCUCUUGCUUUUAGUAGAUAUGGUGAAUGGACAACUUUUAUCGUCAAGAUGAUUGUUUUAGUCCAUGAACCAUUUCAAAGACUGGUCUCUACUGCAGAAGUGCAGUGUCUCUACUGCACUUGGAGGUAGGAAAUUACCUGUGUUCACUCUCAUCGACAUACCUUAAGCUUCCAGUGAACGUGGACUGAAGUGAUGCCAGUGUGGACCUUUGACAGAGGAGAGCAAGAAAUACCAUCCAUCCUUCGCUGUGUCUUGAGAAGGAAGGAAACUAACAGGACCAAGGAAAAGUCAAUGCUGAAAACCUAGUGCAGAAUCCUCACUGCUUCCCCGGGUCCCACACUCUGUCCUGUUUCCUGGUUGGGUCACAUCUAAUGAUGGAUGACCCAGGGCCACUGAUGCCUCAGAAAAAUCUGUCAUAUGGUAAAUGCCUUUAAAAGCCAAUCCUUUGAUGCCUUCUUUAAAGAAAUUAUUUCACAUUUACUCAUUCAUUCUUUCAUAAUAUUGGUUAAGCAUUCACUUUGCACCAGACAUUAUGCUGAAAAGCAACCAUUGUAACUACAAUAGUAAGUGGCAAAUGAUGUUAAGAGAAGGGAGGAAUGGAUGUGACCUCUGAUGCAGCAUCGUGUGUGAGUGCUUGCUGCUCAGAGAUAAUGUCAGUCAACUCUGUGCUUAACAAAUUCUCUUUAGUCCCUUUAUAAUGGUGAGGCUUUGUUUCACAGUGAGGUGAAAUUGUUGGAACCUUGCUAGAGUAUCCUGCUUGGAAUUUGUGCCAUGAGUCCACCUCUUAUUUACCAAUUUUGUUCAUUUCUUGUAUAUUCAGAAAAACCUGCAUGGAGCUUGGGUCAUAGGGCAGGUAUAAGGGUGGGACAUAAUUCCUGAUGUCAAAAAUUUCGUGAGUAUAGGAGGCCUGUAGACAUGUUACACAGCAGGGAAGGUGGUGUGAUGUCUUGGGUACUAGAGAAACCUUUCUGAAGGGAGUGAUGGGUGAGUUAGGUUUUCAAAACAAAGAGGAAUCUUCCGGAGCAAAAGAGCUGGCAGAGUAUUCCACAGAGAUGAAAGAAUUCACAGAGAUGGAAACAUGAAAUUCCAUGGUGCGUUCCACUGAAUGCUGUGGUGUUGCCAGGGUAGGGAAGCGGCAGGUAGGGGGUGGUUCCCUUCUCAGAUGGAGCAUAAUUAAUCUCGUAGAAAGUAUAGAGGAGAUAGACUUUUUCGGGUAAGAAGUUGGGAACCAGUCUUGCGUAGGCUUGUACUGUUGAAGAGUCUUUUGUUAGCUGAAUAGGAAAGGGGCUGGGGGUGUGCGAGAUGUGAUGUGGCUUUUCUAGAAUGUCAGUACUGAAACAGGACUGAUAACCUGCCCCGUGGUACAUGAUCCUCAUUAGCAAACAGUGAGUUUCCAGCCUAGGAUUCCUCUCCAUAAAAUUCUUUGGAUAGAGCACCUUAAGAGAGAUUUUCAAUGAGAGGGAAAUAUUCAAACAGUUACGGAUUCUGUUUUGUUUUGUGCAGACCUGCUGGGAGAGGUGGGGAGUCAUUGCAGGGGGCUUAGUUCUAGCUUGGAAGGUGUGCACCAAAUGCUACUGAAGCAGACCUGCAGGAUGAGUAAAACCAUAGGCUAUGGAGGAGAGAAGAAAGGGCAUUUCCCACGGCACUACAUAAAAACUGGCUGAAAAUCUAAUGAGCAUCUGAUAAUGAGAUACUGAAUAUUCAUAAGGUCAGAAUUUCUAGGUGAUGGGCUCAUUUUGAGUUGAGCCCUGGUGCUUGGACAUGCACAGAGAAGAGAUAAGAGAAUCUGGAUCAAUAUGCUGUACUGUGACUGACCCAGGAAGAGAAAGUUCAGAACCUCUUUCCAUGGGAAGGAGCAGAAAUGGAGAUGAAGAAGGAUGAAUGGUUAUAGGGAGAUAAGCUUGGCUCUGAUGACUUCAUGCAUUAGUAACUGGAACCCAGGUGUAAUGUUGGAGAACCAUCCAUGCACAUAUCUUCCCUUUACUGCAAAAGGCACUGUGAAACAGACCCCUGGCCCAGCCCAGAGCCUCCAGGCUUGAAGCUGACCCAAGUCACUGUCCUGCUACAGCCAAGUUGUACACAUGAAAAUGACCCCCACAGAUACCUCUGUAACCAACCUGAGGCUCUUCCUCUGUGGACAGCCAAGUUCUUUUUAAAGGACUUGGUAGGGGUGAAUUUGAAUGAGGGGCAGAAGGUUCUUACAGGAAGAACCCCAUUGUAAACCACAGCCCCCAACUCUGAAUACUGAGCCUUGAAUCCUGUCCCCUGUGGAAUGACACACUCAUUCAUGGUAAUGUGGCAGGACAGGCAUUAGACGUUGGGCACUACUGUAACAGAGGGCUACUGCUCUUGUCAACAUGGGUAGCAUGCUAUAUAUCCAGUCUUUGGUUGAUACAGAUUUGAAAGAACCAUUCACUCAAAGACAUGAUGCACUUCCAAAAGUCUAAAAAAUUAAACAUAAAUUUGGACUUUCCAGGAAGAUGUGCACAAAGAUAGACACAUCACCUAUCGUAGCUGAUAAUCUGUGUUUGAAUUUUAGGUCGUAAUUCUAGGCCCAAGAGUAAUCUAAUAUUGACUUUGAAUAGAUGUGAAAAUAUUUACAUCUUACUCAUCUUACACAUGUGGGUCAGUGGGAGUCCUUGGAUCGUCAGCAUAGUUGCAGUUGACUUGAUAGGGGACAGGUCUUUUAUGUCUUUGCUUAUGACUGAAUCCAGCUGAACCCUAGGAUAAUCACAUUCACAGCCUGAGGAGAAACAAGGAAGAAAAUAAACCCACGUUUUCCAGUCCCACCGAAGAACAGGGCACUCCACAAGGCAAAACUCGACAGGACACUAUCUGUUCCACUCCUCCCUCUCAGGUAGAGAAGCCAUAGUCACUCAGGAGUCAGGGUGGAGAGUUCAGGUGCAUGUUCUUUAGUGGAGAAGGCUCCUUUUUUGUCAUUUUUAUGUAGCCUGUUCCCUAAACAAUGUAGGCUUCUGAGGAACUGUUAGUAAUAAUCUCCAGGUGGGAAAUGUUCUUAGAAAUACAUAAAUACUGGUUUGCAUUGAUUCAUACUUAGGUGGUAGUAGGUUUUGCAUUGAUGUUUGGUGCCUCUUGCCUUCAAGGUUUUCCCCCAAGUUGGAUCAUUGCUAUGAGAAAUUGGGGCUGAAGAUGGAGAAGGAAGAUCAUGAUUGAUACAGGGGUGAUUCAGGUGCAGCUGGCAUUGGCCUCGGUGUUUGAAGGCACCUCUAGCCUUCUGGUAGUCAGGUUCUCAAGUCCUUUCCCAAAGACCAGUUCUCUUUCCCAAGGAUCAGGAUGUGCUGGCUGUGACAGGCCACUUCCCUGGUCUCUAUGAAGAGCAAAGAAGACAUUUCUAGGGCUUAUAGGUAGUGGGAGGGUGGCUAUAGUAAAAGACUCUAAACUCCCCCCCCCCCUCCAGCAAAUCAUCUUGUAUAACUUUCAGAAACCUAAAGGCCAGCUAUUUUCUUUUCAAGUGAAUCAGAAACAGGACAACGGUAGGACCAAGGGCAGAAAAGCCACACUUGAAAAACAUCCCAGCCCCCUUAUACAGCUGGAAAUAUAUUUUGGGGAGCCCCAUCUCUUCAUUUCAACUCCUCUUUUCCUGUUGGAUUGGUGAUUGUUCUAUUGGUCCUACGCUGUGGGUGAUUAUUUGAUGCCCCGGGACUGGUCCACCUUUAAUUUCCACGAUCUGGGACACCCACUGAGUCCCAGAGUUUUCCUUCUCCAAGGAAGAUGCAAGGUGGGGAGACUAACAGUCCAGAGCCUAGGAUGACCCAGCUGGAGUAGAAGGUAGCGGGAACCCAGUCUAGGUGGGAAAUGCAGUGUUAUCUAAAGCUGUGGGUGGUUUCAGUGAGAUGUCUGUGUCGACAAUCGUCAUGCGAGAGUACUAUUUACUGUCUUCCCUUGUAUAUACAUUGUCUGUGUUUAGUUUUUCUUAGUAUCGUGAGGUUUCAAAUAGGGGUUCCAUGUAAAUAAUUUCUGCUACUAAAACGCCAGCACCAUGCACCAUUCUCACAAACGGUUUUGCCUUUCUCUGUGCUAACACUUUUGAGCCACUGAUGUGCAGAUGGAUGGUUAAUCUCCUGGGCUUUUAUUUUGCAAUUUUAUAUAUAUAUACACAUAUAUAAUAUAUAUAUUUAUGGGUUGGUUCUGUAUAGUUUUCUGUUUGAAUCUCUGAGCACCAAAGCUGCCCUUUGAUUUCCACAAGAACUUUCCAAAGCCACUUCUUGAGCCCUUUUGCUGCUUUGGUGUCUGACUGUGUUGCUGGGUGGUGUCUGCCCGUGGGUUUCUGUAUGUAUGUGCUGUUAUCUCACCUGCAGAUAUUACCCUAGUAAAUCUAACCUGCUUGGC